AUGGACGCACCAGGAGCAGUGCCUCAAACUGAAGACCAAGAGAGUGACAAAGCCCGGGACCAGCUCCGACAGAAAGGACUGGAGUGGAAUUACCAGACGGAUACACCUGUGCCUCUGGAAACGAGUAGUAGAAGAGGAGUAUUGGAGUCCCUUUCCCUUUGCCUUACUGGAUCCCUCCUCCACCUUUCUCUCCUUCAGAAGCUGCUUGGGAGCGAGAACCAGGCAGAACCAUUUUCUCUUCUCAAUUCCGGAGCAGACCUCCUUCAAAGGCCGAUAAUUAUAUUAGGGGAGAAACUAUCUGCUACUUUUCUUCCUCAAGGAGGAAGAGAGCAAAUGGAGGACGAAUGGAGGGGAAUCCUUCUCUUCACUCAAGAAUCUCAUGGAACUAUGAUAUUUAUCCCUAUUGUUCCUAACGUUGGUGAAAUGUGGAUCAAUGUGGAGAAGCUACCUCCAGUCCACGGAGAGGGCAGGGUACCCUCUUCCAUGAGGAAAAUCUUCUUCCGCGGAGGGCUGGAUGUGGAGUGGAGAACUCAUACCCUUCCCCUGUUGUGGAUCCUGGAUCGAAAUCUGGGAAGAAUGCCUCCAUUUCAAUUGGGAGAACUGCAUGAGCGCAGCAAUCGCCAAGGGAUUUACAAUGCAACGAAUUCUCAAUAAACAGAAUGUUCGUGGAAUGCAUCAUGAAUAAUCAAUGGAUGAAACUCCGAGAUGCCUCUGCUGUGGGACCCAAAUGUUGUUUUUGGGAUUAAGAUUUACCCGGAGAGAAGCCUGUGCUUUCAAUAUGACAGCAUUCAAGUUUUCUAAACCUGUUUCGCCC